AUGCCUCCCAAGCUUCCACGGACGAGAUACGGUAGGCGCAACGACCAAAUUGUCUCUCAAACUUCCACAAGCGAGUAUGGAUGUGCCUCCCAACUUUCCCUAUCGUGGAAGGCGAGGGGUGCUUUGAAGGGUAGCCUUAGCGAACAGAUUUGCCUUCUAAGAAGAUGGGUGCGAAUUUGUCCCCAAGCUUCCGUAGUACGAGACGUAGAAGAUGGUGCUUCGAAGCGCACUUAUCGGGUAGAUUUGCCUCCUAACUUUCCCAGCGUGAAAGACGAUCGGUGCUUCGUUCAAACUGACACAUGCAAGCCGUGGUGCGUGAAAGCAGAUGGGUGCUUCUUUCAAGCGAGUCGAAGCAAACUUGCCUCCGUGAAAGAAGAUGCUUCAGAUUUGCCUCCUGAACUCCAGAAGGUUAGCCUAUUUGCCUUCCAAGAAGAUCUUGUAUCUAUGAAAGAGACGAUGUGUGAAAGUGCUCUUUUCUCCAAACGUGAAUUCAGCUGGCAGCCUCGCAGCGUUGCCGACGGCCUUACUCCCCAAACCACCAUCCAAACACAUCCGUUAAACACCUCCCCUAUGCUUCACGCAGGUCUCCCAUUGCACACGAACAGGUCUCCUACACAGCCCCUGCAGUCCUGCUAUGUAUGUGUGAACCCUGCUCCAAGCUGGGCAGAAGGCCUCACCCCUGCAACCACUACACCUACGCAUCGUAUGGCCUCGGAUGAGAUAAUCACUAAGUCGCAUAGUUCAGACGAACAUAUCUAUCUCCCAAAGUUCCCUGUCCGAGAGAUUUUCGCUGCAUGUAUAAAUCCUGCUCCAACCUGGGUGGCAGGCUUCACCCCUGCAACUACCACACCUACGCAUCGUAUGGCCUCGGAUGAGAUAUUACUAAAUUGCAUGCCUCAGACGAACACAUUCGUCUCCUAA